AUAAAAGAAGAAUUUCGAAAUAAAGAGUGGGAGAGAGAGAAGAGACGAACUGAAGCAGAAACUGAAACGAUUAAUCGGCGGCUGGAGUGAAGAAUGUCGAGCGUAGAGGACGACAAGAAGCCCGCCGACUCGUCGGCCCACAUUAAUCUCAAAGUGAAAGGCCAGGAUGGAAAUGAGGUGUUUUUCAGGAUUAAGAGAAGCACGCAACUGAAAAAGCUUAUGAAUGCUUAUUGUGACCGGCAAUCAGUGGAUUUCAAUUCUAUUGCUUUUCUGUUUGAUGGUCGUCGCCUCCGAGGAGAGCAGACUCCAGAUGAGCUGGAAAUGGAGGAUGGCGAUGAGAUAGACGCGAUGCUGCACCAGACUGGCGGGGCAACUGCAUAGCCAAGUAUGGAGAUAAAUAGGGUAUUGUAACAUAUAACGUUUAUUGAGACUUUCUUAAAGCCAGUCCUCUGACGAGUAGUUUAUUGGAUUUCAAGAAACCUAUUACGAUAAGAAUGCACAUUAGUACUAAUCAGCCCUUUUUCGGGCUUCUGUACCAGCUAUGUCUAGUUAUUAUGUUUCUAUCCAUAUACAGCGGAGCCUGGGUGCAUGAGUUUGAAUUA